AUGGUUACUGCCAAGAGUAGCCUUAACGGUGGAGUUAGACGGGGAGGCCGUGCUUGCUCGAGUUCUACGGGCAAUCCCAUAGAGGACAUGGCCAUUUCAAGCCAAUCCAAUACGGCUACAACACCCAACAGGGCCAGCAGAACACCUCCUGCUCAGCCCAUUGCCAUUCCUGAUUCAGGUGCUAGAAGACGCUAUGGUUCACCAAGAAGUGUCCAGUCUGGUAGCCCCCGUUCUCACUCUUAUGCCUCUUCCAAAUCAAGCCCCAAUCGAGCAUCACCAUCUACUAAUGGGCUUUUCUAUGCGGGCGCCAAGUUCAGUGAGGCUCCAGCGGCGGCCAGUCUUCCUAAACCUCCAUCUCACUGGACCACUACAAAUUCAACAUACCACAAAGAGCAGUUCCAAGAAAUAUCCAAUCAGUUGAAGAUGCUUCUCAACAUUAAGGCCUAA